CACUAGGGAGCAACCUUUCACCUGCGAACAGUGUGGGAAGAGUUUUGGUCAAAUACAAGGCUUUAAAGCCCACAUGAGAAUUCACACUGGAGAGAGGAAGUUCACAUGCCGAAAGUGUGAAAAAAGCUUUUAUCAUGCUGGACACUUUGCAGCACACAUGAGAAUUCACACUGGGGAGAAGCCUUUCAGCUGUAAACAGUGUGGAAAGAGUUUUUGUCAAAAGCCAAACCUUGAUGAUCACAAGAGAGUUCACACAGGGGAGAAACCUUACACCUGCGAACAGUGUGGAAAGAGUUUUAGUCAAAAACAAAACUUUAAAACCCACAUGAGAAUUCACACUGGAGAGAGGCCAUACACAUGCCAAAAGUGUGGAAAAAGCUUCCGUCAUGCAAUAAACUUGGAAGUGCACAUGAGAACUCAUACUGGAGAAAAGCCUUUCAGCUGUAAACAGUGUAGAAAGAGUUUCAGUAAAAAGCCGAACCUGAUUGCUCACAUGAGAGUUCACACUAGGGAGAAACCUUACACCUGCGAACAGUGUGGAAAGAGUUUUAGUCAAAAACGAGACCUUUACAUCCACAUGAGGAUUCACACUGGAGAGAAACCUUACACAUGCACAGAGUGUGGUAAAGGUUUCUCACAUAUAAGCACACUCAAACACCACAUGAGAACUCACACUGGAGAGAAGCCGUUUGCAUGUGCUCAUUGUAGGCAGUGUUGUUUCAACAAAAGCAAACUUAAGAUUCACAUGAUGAUACACACUGGAGAGAAACCAUUCACAUGCACUCAAUGUGGGAAGAGUUUCAACCAAUCAUCACAACUUAAUGACCACAUGAUGAUCCACACUGGAGAGAAACCAUUUACUUGCACUCAGUGUGGGAAGAGUUUCAACCGCUCAGCACACCUUGAUCAACACAUGAGGAUCCACACUGGAGAGAAACCAUUUACUUGCACUCAGUGUGGGAAGAGUUUCAACCGCUCAUCAAACCUUGAUCAACACAUAAGGAUCCACACUGGAGAGAAACCAAUAACGUGCACUCAGUGUGGGAAGAGUUUUCGCCAAUCCUCAUCCAUUUAUAAACACAUGAGGAUCCACACUGGAGAGAAACCAUUCACAUGCACUCAGUGUGGGAAGAGUUUCAUCCAAUCAUCAAACUUUAAUCUACACAUGAGGAUCCACACUGGAGAGAAACCAUUUACGUGCACUCAGUGUGGGAAGAGUUUCCGCCAAGCAUCAUCACUUAAUAAACACAUGAGGACCCACACUGGAGAGAAACCAUUUACUUGCACUCAGUGUGGGAAGAGUUUCCGCCAAGCAUCAUCACUUAAUAAACACAUGAGGACCCACACUGGAGAGAAACCAUUUACUUGCACUCAGUGUGGGAAGAGUUUCAACAGCUCAUCACACCUUAAUCAACACAUGAGGAUCCACACUGGAGAGAAACCAAUAACGUGCACUCAGUGUGGGAAGAGUUUUCGCCAAUCAUCAUCCCUUUAUAAACACAUGAGGAUCCACACUGGAGAGAAACCAUUCACAUGCACUCAGUGUGGGAAGAGUUUCCGCCAAGCAUCAUCACUUAAUAAACACAUGAGGAUCCACACUGGAGAGAAACCAUUCACAUGCACUCAGUGUGGAAAAAGUUUUAACUGCUCAUCAUACCUUAAACAACACAUGACGAUCCACACUGGAGAGAAACCAUUUACGUGCACUCAGUGUGGGAAGAGUUUCCGCCAAGCGUCAUCACUUAAUAUACACAUGAGGACCCACACUGGAGAGAAACCAUUUACUUGCACUCAGUGUGGGAAGAGUUUCAACCGCUCAUCACACCUUGAUCAACACAUGAGGAUCCACACUGGAGAGAAACCAUUCACAUGCACUCAGUGUGGGAAGAGUUUCAGCCAAUCAUCAAACUUAAAUCUACACAUGAGGAUCCACACUGGAGAGAAACCAUUCACUUGCUCUCAGUGUGGGAAGAGUUUUGGAGGAAAUAGCAAUCUUAAGAUUCACAUGAUAAUCCACACCGGAAAGAAACCAUUCACAUGCACUCAGUGUGGGAAGAGUUUCAGCCAAUCAUCACACCUUAAUGACCACAUGAUGAUCCACACUGGAGAGAAACCAUUCACAUGCACUCAGUGUGGGAAGAGUUUCAUCCGGUUAUCAUUGCUUAAUCAACACAUGAUGAUUCACACUGGAGAGAAACCAUUCACAUGCACUCAGUGUGGGAAGAGUUUCAGGCAAUCAUCAUACCUUAAUGAACACAUGAAGAUCCACACCGGAGAGAAACCAUUCACAUGCACUCAGUGUUGGAAGAGUUUCAGCCGCUCAUCAGAACUUAAUCAACACAUGAGGAUCCACACUGAAGAGAAACCAUUCACAUGCACUCAGUGUGGGAAGAGUUUCAGCUGCUCAUCAUCCCUUAAUAAACACAUGAGGAUCCACACUGGAGAGAAACCAUUCACAUGCACUCAGUGUGAAAAGAGUUUCGGCCGCUCGUCAUACCUUAAUCAACACAUGAGGAUCCACACUGGAGAGAAACCAUUCACAUGCACUCAGUGUGGGAAGAUUUUCGGCCGCUCAUCAUACCUUAAUCAACACAUGAGGAUCCACACUGGAGAGAAACUAUUUACAUGCACUCAGUGUGGGAAGAGUUUCGGCCGCUCAUCACACCUUAAUCAACACAUGAGGAUCCACACUGGAGAGAAACCAUUCACAUGCACUCAGUGUGGGAAGAGUUUCAGACAACCAUCACUCCUUUAUCUACACAUGACUCACAUGAGGAUGCACACUGGAGAGAAACCAUUCUCAUGCUAUCAAUAUGGGAAGAGUUUCAGCAAAUCAUCACUUUAUAGACACAAGAAGAUCCACACCGGUAAAAAAACAUUCUCUUGCACUCAGUGUGGGAAGAGUUUUAACUGCUCAUCACACCUUAAUCAACACAUCAGGAUCCACACUGGAGAGAAACCAUUCAGAUGCACUCAGUGUGGGAAGAGUUUUAACUGCUCAUCACACCUUAAUGAACACAUGAUGAUCCACACUGGAGAGAGACCAUUCACAUGCACUCAGUGUGGGAAGAGUUUUAGCAAAUCAUCGUCGCUUUAUAGACACAUGAAGAUCCACACUGGAGAAAAACCAUUCACUUGCACUCAGUGUAGGAAGAGUUUCACCCAAUCAUCAUCCCUUAAUCUACACAUGAGGAUUCACACUGGAGAGAAACCAUUCACAUGCACUGAGUGUGGGAAGAGUUUCAGUAAAUCAUCAUCGCUUUAUAGACACAUGAAGAUCCACACCGGAGAAAAACCUUUCACUUGCACUGAGUGUGGGAAGAGUUUCAUCCAAUCAUCAUGCCUUAAUGUACACAUGAGGAUCCACACUGGAGAGAAACCUUUCACAUGCACUCAGUGUGGGAAGAGUUUCAUCCACUCAUCACACCUUAAUCAACACCUCAUGAUCCACACUGGAGAGAAACCAUUCAAAUGCACUCAUUGUGGGAAGAGUUUUAGCCAAUCAUACCUUAAAAAACACAUGAAGAUUCACACUGGUGUGAGAGAGUAUAUGUGCUUGGAGUGUGAGAAGACUUUUAUCACAGCUGCAGAAUUGAAACGGCACCAGAGGAUUCACACUGGAGAAAAACCGUACAAGUGUUCACAGUGCAGUAAGAGGUUUACUCACUCAGGAACCCUGAAAACACAUGAGAGGAUUCACACUGGAGAGAAACUGUACAAGUGUUCACAGUGCAGUAAGAGCUUUGGACUUCAACAGCAUGUCAAUAUUCACAUGAUAAUCCACACUGGAGAGAAACCAUUCAUGUGCACUCAGUGUGGGAAGAGUUUCCGCCAAGCAUCAUCACUUAAUAAACACAUGAGGAUCCACACUGGAGAGAAACCAUUCACAUGCACUCAGUGUGGAAUAAGUUUUAACUGCUCAUCAUACCUUAAACAACACAUGAGGAUCCACACUGGAGAGAAACCAUUUACUUGCACUCAGUGUGGGAAGAGUUUCAACCGCUCAUCAAACCUUGAUCAACACAUAAGGAUCCACACUGGAGAGAAACCAAUAACGUGCACUCUGUGUGGGAAGAGUUUUCGCCAAUCAUCAUCCCUUUCUAAACACAUGAGGACCCACACUGGAGAGAAACCAUUUACGUGCACUCAGUGUGGGAAGAGUUUCCGCCAAGCAUCAUCACUUAAUAAACACAUGAGGACCCACACUGGAGAGAAACCAUUUACUUGCACUCAGUGUGGGAAGAGUUUCAACCGCUCAUCACACCUUAAUCAACACAUAAGGAUCCACACUGGAGAGAAACCAAUAACGUGCACUCAGUGUGGGAAGAGUUUCCGCCAAUCAUCAUCCCUUUAUAAACACAUGAGGAUCCACACUGGAGAGAAACCAUUCACAUGCACUCAGUGUGGGAAGAGUUUCAGCCAAUCAUCAAACUUUAAUCUACACAUGAGGAUCCACACUGGAGAGAAACUUAUAACGUGCACUCAGUGUGGGAAGAGUUUUCACCAAUCAUCAUCCCUUUAUAAACACAUGAGGAUCCACACUGGAGAGAAACCAUUCACAUGCACUCAGUGUGGGAAGAGUUUCCGCCAAGCAUCAUCACUUAAUAAACACAUGAGGAUCCACACUGGAGAGAAACCAAUAACGUGCACUCAGUGUGGGAAGAGUUUCCGCCAAACAUCAUCACUUAAUAAACACAUGAGGAUCCACACUGGAAAGAAACCAUUCACAUGCACUCAGUGUGGAAUAAGUUUUAACUGCUCAUCAUACCUUAAACAACACAUGAGGAUCCACACUGGAGAGAAGCCAUUUACUUGCACUCAGUGUGGGAGGAGUUUCAACCGCUCAUCAAACCUUGAUCACCACAUGAGGAUCCACACUGGAGAGAAACCAUUUACUUGCACUCAGUGUGGGAAGAGUUUCAACCGCUCAUCAAACCUUGAUCAACACAUAAGGAUCCACACUGGAGAGAAACCAAUAACGUGCACUCUGUGUGGGAAGAGUUUUCGCCAAUCAUCAUCCCUUUCUAAACACAUGAGGACCCACACUGGAGAGAAACCAUUUACUUGCACUCAGUGUGGGAAGAGUUUCAGCCAAUCAUCAAACUUUAAUCUACACAUGAGGAUCCACACUGGAGAGAAACCAUUUACGUGCACUCAGUGUGGGAAGAGUUUCCGCCAAGCAUCAUCACUUAAUAAACACAUAAGGAUCCACACUGGAGAGAAACCAAUAACGUGCACUCAGUGUGGGAAGAGUUUUCGCCAAUCAUCAUCCCUUUAUAAACACAUGAGGAUCCACACUGGAGAGAAACCAUUCACCUGUAAACAGUGUGGAAAGAGAUACAGUCAAAAGUCACACCUGAGAGUUCACAUGAGAGUUCACACUAAAGAGAAACCUUACACCUGUGAACAGUGUGGAAAGAGUUUUGGUUAUAUGCAAGGCUUUAGAACCCACAUGAGAAUUCACACUGGAGAGAGGCCGUACACAUGCCAACAGUGUGGAAAAAGCUUCUAUUAUGCAGGAAGCAUUGCGGUGCACAUGAGAACUCACACUGGGGAGAAGCCUUUCAGCUGUGCACAGUGUAGAAAAAGUUUCAGUCAAAAGCAGAACCUUGACAUUCACAUGAAAGUUCACACUAUGGAGAAACCUUACACCUGCGAACAGUGUGGAAAGAGUUUUGGUUAUGUACAAGGCUUUAAAACCCACAUGAGAAUUCACACUGGAGAGAGGCCGUACACAUGCCAACACUGUGGACAAACCUUCUAUCAUGCAGGAAACUUUGCAGUGCACAGGAGAAUUCAUACUGGAGAGAGGCCAUACACAUGCCAACAGUGUGGACAAACCUUUCAUCAUGGAGGAAACUUUGCAGCACACAUGAGAAUUCACACUGGGGAAAAGCCUUACUCUUGCCCUCAGUGUGGAAAGAGUUUUAAGCGAAAUGGCUCCCUUGAAGACCACAUGAGAACACACACUGGAGAGAGAAUUUUUACUUGCACACAGUGUGGGAAAAGUUUCUCUCAAAAACAAAGCCUUCACAUCCACAUGAGGAUUCACACUGGAGAGAAACCUUACACAUGCACAGAGUGUGGUAAAAGUUUCAUAUGUAAAAACGCACUCGAUUACCACAUGAAAACUCACACCGGAGAGAAGCCGUUUGCAUGUAAUCAGUGUGGAAAGAGCUUCAUAACCAAAGCUAGCCUUAAGAAUCACAUGAAUGGUCACACUGGAACCAUAGUGUUCACAUGUGAUCAGUGUGGAAAGACUCUCACACGCAAAGACUCCAAACCUUACACCUGCGAACAGUGUGGAAAGAGUUUUGGUAAAAAACAAAGCUUUAAAACGCACAUGAGAAUUCACACUGGAGAGAGGCCGUACACAUGCCAACAGUGUGGACAAACCUUCUAUCAUGUAGGAAACUUUGCAGCACACAAGAGAAUUCACACUGGGGAGAAGUCUUACCAUUGCCUUCAGUGUGGAAAGAGUUUUAAGCAAAAUGGCACCCUUACAGUCCACAUGAGAACUCACACUGGAGAGAGGCCGUACACAUGCCAACAGUGUGGAAAAAGCUUCUAUACUACAGAAAAUUUUACACAGCACAUGAGAAUUCACACUGGAGAAAGGCCAUACACAUGCCAACAGUGUGGAAAAAGCUUCUAUAAUACAGGAAACUUGGCAGCGCACAUGAGAAUUCACACUGGGGAGAAGCCUUACUCUUGCCUUCAGUGUGGAAAGAGUUAUAAGCAUAAUGGCAACCUUAAAGCUCACAUGAGAACACACACUGGAGAGAGAAUUUUUACUUGCACACAGUGUGGGAAAAGUUUCUCUCGAAAACAAAGCCUUCACAUCCACAUGAGGAUUCACACUGGAGAGAAACCUUACAGAUGCACACAGUGUGGGAAAAGUUUCUCUCGAAAACAAAGCCUUCACAUCCACAUGAGGAUUCACACUGGAGAGAAACCUUACAGAUGCACAGAGUGUGGGAAAAGUUUCCCAUAUAAAAGCACACUCAAUCACCACAUGAGAACUCACACUGAAGAGAAGCCGUUUGCCUGCACUCAGUGUGGAAGGAAUUUUGGAAGAAAAGGCGAUCUUAAGAUUCACAUGAGGAUCCACACUGGAGAGAAACCAUUCACAUGCACUCAGUGUGGGAAGAGUUUCAGCAAAUCAUCAUCCCUUAAUCAACACAUGAGGAUCCACACUGGAGAGAAACCAUUCACAUGCACUCAGUGUGGGAGGAGUUUCAGCCAAUCAUCAUACCUUAAUAAACACAUGAUGAUCCACACUGGAAAGAAACCAUUCACUUGCACUCAGUGUGGGAAAAGUUUUAGGCAAUCAUCAUCCCUUAAUUACCACAUGAUGAUCCACGCUGGAGAGAAACCAUUCACAUGCUCCCAGUGUGGGAAGAGUUUCAGUUGCUCAUCUCACCUUAAUAAACACAUGAUGAUCCACACUGGAGAGAAACCAUUCUCAUGCACUCAGUGUGGGAAGAGUUUCAGACACUCAUUAUUUCUUAAACAACACAUGAUGAUCCACACUGGAGAGAAACCAUUCACAUGCACUCAGUGUGGGAAGAGUUUCAGCCAAUCAUCAUCCCUUAAUCACCACAUGAGGAUCCACACUGGAGAGAAACCAUUCACAUGCACUGAGUGUGGGAAGAGUUUCAUACAAUCAUCACAACUUAACCGACACAUCAUGAUCCACACUGGAGAGAAACCAUUCACAUGCACUCAGUGUGGAAAGAGUUUUAGCCAAUCAUCAAACUUUAAUCAACACAUGAUGAUCCACACUGGAGAGAAACCAUUCACAUGCACUCACUGUGGGAAGAGUUUCAGCAAAUCAUCAUCCCUUAAUGAACACAUGACUAUCCACUCUGGAGAGAAACCUUUCACAUGCACUCAGUGUAGGAAGAGUUUCAGUUGCUCAUCUCACCUUAAUCACCACACGAGGAUCCACACUGGAGAGAAACUAUUCUCAUGCACUCAGUGUGGAAAGAGUUUCAGACGCUCAUCAUCUCUUAAAGAACACAUGAGGAUCCACACUGGAGAGAAACCAUUCACAUGCACUCAGUGUGGAAAUCGCUUCAGCCGAUCAUCAAACCUUAAUCAACACACGAUGAUCCACACCGGAGAGAAACCAUUCACUUGCACUCAGUGUGGGAAGAGUUUCAGCCAAUCAUCAUCCCUUAAUCAACACAUGAGGACCCACACUGGAGAGAAACCAUUUACAUGCACUCAGUGUGGGAAGAGUUUCAUACAAUCAUCACAACUUAACCGACACAUGAGGAUCCACACUGCAGAGAAACCAUUUACUUGCACCUAAUGUGGAAAGAGUUUGGCAAGCAAAAGCAAACUAAAGACUCACAUGAGGAUCCACACUGGAGAGAAACCAUUCACAUGCACUCAGUGUGGGAAGAGUUUCAGCCACUCAUCAUACCUUAAUCAACACAUGAGGAUCCACACUGGAGAGAAACCAUUAACAUGCCCUCAGUGUGGGAAGAUUUUUAGCAAAUCAUCAUCGCUUUAUAGACACAUGAUGAUCCACACUGGAGAAAAACCAUUCACAUGCACUCAGUGUGGGAAGAGUUUCUGCGAUUCAUCAUACCUCAAAAAACACAUGAGGAUCCACACUGGAGAGAAACCAUUCACAUGCACUCAGUGUGGGAAGAGUUUCUGCGAUUCAUCAUACCUCAAAAAACACAUGAUGAUCCACACUGGAGAAAAACCAUUUACAUGCACUCAGUGUGGGAAGAGUUUCAGCAAAUCUUCGUCGCUUUAUAGACACAUGAGGAUCCAUACCGGAGAAAAACCAUUCACUUGCACUCAGUGUGGGAAGAGUUUCGGCCGCUCAUCAUCCCUUAAUAAACACAUGAGGAUCCACACUAGAGAGAAACCAUUCACAUGCCCUUAGUGUGGGAAGAGUUUCAUCCACUCAUCACACCUUAAUCAACACAUCAUGAUCCACACUGGAAAGAAACCAUUCACAUGCACUCAGUGUGGGAAGAGUUUUAGCCAAUCAUCAUACCUUAAAAACCACAUGAUGAUCCACACUGGAGAGAAACCAUUCACAUGCACUCAGUGUGGGAAGAGUUUCAACCAAUCAUCAUCCUUUAAUCAACACAUGAGGAUCCACACUGGAGAGAAACCAUUCACAUGCACUCAGUGUGGGAAGAGUUUUAACUGCUCAUCACACCUUAAUGACCACAUGAUGAUCCACACUGGAGAGAAACCAUUCGCAUGCACUCAGUGUGGAAAGAGUUUUCGCCAAUCAUCAUCCCUUAAUCAACACACUAGGAUUCACACUGGAGAGAGACCAUUCACAUGCACUCAGUGUGGGAGGAGUUUUAAAUGCUCAUCACACCUUAAUAAACACACGAUGAUCCACACUGGAGAGAAACCAUUUACAUGCACUCAGUGUGGGAAGAGUUUCCGCCAAUCAUCAUCCUUUAAUAAACACAUGAGGAUCCACACUGGAGAGAAACCUUUCACAUGCACUCAGUGUGGGAAGAGUUUUAACUGCUCAUCACAAAUUAAUGAACACAUGAGGAUCCACACUGGAAAGAAACCAUUCACAUGCACUCAGUGUGGGAAGAGUUUCAGUCAGUCAUCAUACCUUAAUAGACACACAAGGAUCCACACUGGAGAGAAGCCAUUCACAUGUACACUGUGUGGGAAGAGUUUUAACCGCUCAUCAAACCUUAAUAAACACAUGAGGAUCCACACUGGAGAGAAACCAUUCACAUGCACUCAAUGUGGGAAGAGUUUCAGCGUAUUAUCAUCCCUUAAUCUACACAUGAGGAUCCACACUGGAGAGAAACCAUUUACAUGCACUCAGUGUGGGAAGAGUUUCAGCCUAUCAUCAAACCUUAAUAAACACAUGAGGAUCCACACUGGAGAGAAACCAUUCACAUGCCCUCAGUGUGGGAAGAGUUUCAGCUGUUCAUCACAGCUAAAUCAUCACAUGAGAAUCCACACUGGAGAGAAACCAUUCACAUGCACUCGGUGUGGGAAGAGUUUCAGCCAAUCACCACACCUUAAUAAACACAUGCUGAGCCACACUGGAGAGAAACCAUUUACAUGCACUCAGUGUGGCAAGAGUUUCAGCCAAUCAUCAAACCUUAAUCAGCACAUGAGGAUCCACACCGGAGAGAAACCAUUCACAUGCCCUCAGUGUGGCAAGAGUUUUUACUGCUCAUCACACCUUAAUAAACACAUGAGGAUCCACACUGGAGAGAAACCAUACACUUGCACUCAGUGUGGGAAGAGUUUUAACUGCUCAUCACACCUUAAUCAACACAUCAGGAUCCACACUGGAGAGAAACCAUUCAGAUGCACUCAGUGUGGGAAGAGUUUUAACUGCUCAUCACACCUUAAUGAACACAUGAUGAUCCACACUGGAGAGAAACCAUUCACAUGCACUCAGUGUGGGAAGAGUUUUAGCAAAUCAUCGUCGCUUUAUAGACACAUGAAGAUCCACACUGGAGAAAAACCAUUCACUUGCACUGAGUGUAGGAAGAGUUUCAGCCAAUCAUCAUCCCUUAAUCUACACAUGAGGAUCCACACUGGAGAGAAACCAUUCACAUGCACUGAGUGUGGGAACAGUUUCAGUAAAUCAUCAUCGCUUUAUAGACACAUGAAGAUCCACACCGGAGAAAAACCUUUCACUUGCACUGAGUGUGGGAAGAGUUUCAUCCAAUCAUCAUGCCUUAAUGUACACAUGAGGAUCCACACUGGAGAGAAACCUUUCACAUGCACUCAGUGUGGGAAGAGUUUCAUCCACUCAUCACACCUUAAUCAACACCUCAUGAUCCACACUGGAGAGAAACCAUUCAAAUGCCCUCAGUGUGGGAAGAGUUUUAGCCAAUCAUACCUUAAAAAACACAUGAAGAUUCACACUGGUGUGAGAGAGUAUAUGUGCUUGGAGUGUGAGAAGACUUUUAUUACAGCUGCAGAAUUGAAACGGCACAAGAGGAUACACACUGGAGAAAAACCGUACAAGUGUUCACAGUGCAGUAAGAGGUUUGCUCACUCAGGAACCCUGAAAACACAUGAGAGGAUUCACACUGGAGAGAAACUGUACAAGUGUUCACACUGCAGUAAGAGUUUGGCAAGCAAAAGCAAACUUAAGAUUCACAUGAGGAUCCACACUGGAGAGAAACCAUUCACAUGCACUCAGUGUGGUAAGAGUUUCAUCCAAUCAUCAAACUUUAAUAAUCACAUAAAGAUCCACACUGGAGAGAAACCAUACACUUGCACUCAGUGUGGGAAGAGUUUCAUCCAAUCAUCAAACCUUAAUAAUCACAUGAAGAUCCACACUGGAGAGAAACCAUUCACAUGCCCUCAGUGUGGAAAGAGUUUUGGAAUACAAAGCAGUCUUAAAAUUCAGAUGAGGAUCCACACGGGAGAGAAACCAUUCACAUGUACUCAGUGUGGGAGGAGUUACCACCAAUCAUCAAACCUUAAUAAUCACAUGAAAAGCCACACUGGAGAGAAACCAUUCACAUGCACUCAGUGUGGGAAGAGUUUUGGAAUACAAAACACUCUUAAAAUUCACAUGAGGAUCCACACUGGAGAGAAACCAUUCACAUGCACUCAGUGUGGGAGGAGUUUCAACCAAUCAUCAUCCCUUAAUCUACACAUGAUGAUUCACACUGGGGAGAAACCAUUCACAUGCACUCAGUGUGGGAAGAGGUUUAGCCAAUCAUCAAACUUUAAUAAACACAUGAAGAUCCACAGUGGAGAGAAACCAUUUACAUGCCACCAGUGUGGAAAGAGUUUUAGCAUACCAUCACACUUUAAUCUACACAUGAGGAUCCACACUGGAGAGAAACCAUUCACAUGCACUCAGUGUGGGAAGAGUUUCAGCCAUUCAUCAAACCUCAAUUCACACAUGAGGAUCCACACUGGAGAGAAACCAUUUACAUGCACUCAGUGUGGAAAGAGUUUCAGCCAAUCAUCAUCCCUUAAUUUACACAUGAGGAUCCACACUGGAGAGAAACCAUUCACUUGCACUCAGUGUGGGAAGAGUUUCAGCCAAUCAGCACACCUUAAUAAACACAUUCACAUGAGGAUCCACACUGGAGAGAAACCAUUCAAAUGCACUCAAUGUGGGAAAAGUUUUAACCGCUCAUCAGACCUUCAUCAACACAUGAGGAUCCACACUGGAGAGAAACCAUUCACAUGCACUCAGUGUGGGAAGAGUUUCAGCCAAUCAUCACACUUUAAGCAACACAUGAGGAUCCACACUGAAGAGAAACCAUUCACAUGCACUCAGUGUGGGAAGAGUUUCAGCCAAUAAUCAAACCUUAAUCGACACAUGAGGAUCCACACUGGAGAGAAACCAUUCACAUGCACUCAGUGUGGGAAGAGUUUCAGCCACAAAAGCAAAUUAAAGACUCACAUGAGGAUCCACACUGGAGAGAAACCAUUCACAUGCACUCAGUGUGGGAAGAGUUUUAGCAAAUCAUCAUCGCUUUAUAGACACAUGAAGAUCCACACCGGAGAAAAACCAUUCACUUGCACUCAUUGUGGGAAGAGUUUCAACCACUCAUCAUUCCUUAAUCUACACAUGAGGAUCCACACUGGAGAGAAACCAUUAACAUGCCCUCAGUGUGGGAAGAGUUUUAGCAAAUCAUCGUCGCUUUAUAGACACAUGAAGAUCCACACUGGAGAAAAACCUUUCACAUGCACUCAGUGUGGGAAGAGUUUUAGCUGCUCAUCAUCCCUUAAUAAACACAUGAGGAUCCAUACCGGAGAAAAACCAUUCACUUGCACUCAGUGUGGGAAGAGUUUCAGCCUAUCAACAUCCCUUAAUCAACACAUGAGGAUCCACACUGGAGAGAAACCAUUCACAUGCCCUCAGUGUGGGAAGAGUUUCAGCACAUCAUCACACCUUAAAAACCACAUGAAGAUUCACACUAGUGUAAAAGAGUAUGUGUGCUUGGAGUGUGAGAAGACUUUUAUUACAGCUGCAGAAUUGAAACGGCACCAGAGGAUUCACACUGGAGAUAAACCGUACAAGUGUUCACACUGCAGUAAAAGGUUUACUCAUUUAGGAACCCUGAAAAAACAUCAGAGGAUUCACGCUGGAGAUAAACUGAAUCAAUGUCUUUCAUGUGGGAAGAGUUUUGGAAGAAAAAACAAUCUUAAGAGUCACAUGAGGAUCCACACUGGAGAGAAACCAUUCACAUGCACUCAAUGUGGGAAGAGUUUCCGCCGCUCAUCACAACUUGAUCAACACAUGAGGAUCCACACUGGAGAGAAACCAUUUACAUGCACUCAGUGUGGGAAGAGUUUCCGCCGCUCAUCACAACUUGAUCAACACAUGAGGAUCCACACUGGAGAGAAACCAUUUACAUGCACUCAGUGUGGGAAGAGUUUCCGCCGCUCAUCAUCCCUUAAUCAACAUAUGCGGAUCCACACAGGAGAGAAACCAUUCACUUGCGCUCAGUGUGGGAAAAGUUUCAGUAAGUCAUCAUACCUUAAUCAACAUAUGAGGAUCCACACGAAAGAUAAACCAUUCACAUGCACUCAGUGUGGGAGGAGUUUCAGUCACUCAUCAUCCCUUAAACACCACAUUAGGAUCCACACUGGAGAGAAACCAUUCACGUGCGCUCAGUGUGGGAAGAGUUUUAACAGUUCAUCGCACCUUCAUAAACACAUGAGGAUCCACACUGAAAACACAUGCACUCAGUGUGGGAAGAGUUUCCGUCUAUCAUCAUCCCUUAAUUUACACAUUAUGAUCCACACUUGAGAGAAACCAUUUACUUGCACUUGAUGUGGAAAGAGUUUUGCAUGCAAAAGCAAACUUAAUAUUCACAUGAUGAUCCACACUGGAGAGAAACCAUUCACAUGCACUCAGUGUGGGAAGAGUUUCAUCCAAUCAUCACACCUUAAUCAACACAUGAGGAUCCACACUGGAGAGAAACUAUUUACAUGCACUGAGUGUGGGAAGAGUUUCAGCCUGUCAUCUUCCCUUUAUAACCACAUGAGGAUCCACACUGGAGAUAAACCAUUCACAUGCACACAGUGUGGAAAGUGUUUUAGCUAUUCCUCACACCUUAAUCACCAUAUGAGGAUCCACACAGGAGAAAAACCAUUCACAUGCUCUCAAUGUGGUAAGAGUUUCAGUUGCGCUUCGAACCUUUAUCAACACAUGAGGAUCCACACUGGAGAGAAACCAUUUACAUGCACUCAGUGUGGGAAGAGUUUCAGCCAAUCAUCAUACCUUAAUCUACACAUGCGGAUCCACACCGGAGAGAAACCAUUCACUUGCACUCAGUGUGGGAAGAGUUUCAGCCAAUCAUCAUCCCUUUAUAACCACAUGAGGAUCCACACUGGAGAGAAACCAUUCACAUGCACUCAGUGUGGGAAGAGUUUCAGCUACUCACACCUUAAUCACCACAUGAGGAUGCACACUGGAGAGAAACCAUUCACUUGCGCUCAGUGUGGGAAGAGUUUCAGCUGCUCUUCAAACCUUCAUAAACACAUGAGGAUCCACACUGGAGAGAAACCAUUUACAUGCACUCAGUGUGGGAAGAGUUUCAGCCAAUCAUCAUACCUUAAUCUACACAUGCGGAUCCACACUGGAGAGAAAUCAUUCACAUGCACUCAGUGUGGGAAGCGUUUCAUUCACUCAUCAUCCCUUAAACUACACAUGAUGAUUCACACUGGAAAGAAAUCAUUCAUUUGCACUUAAUGUGGAAGGAGUUUGGCAAACAAAAGCAAACUUAAGAUUCACAUGAGGAUUCACACUGGAGAGAGACCAUUCACAUGCAUUCAGUGUGGGAAGAGUUUCAUCCGUUCAUCAUCCCUUAAUGUACACAUGAUGAGCCACACUUGAGAGAAACCAUUCUCUUGCACUCAGUGUGGAAAGAGUUUAGCAAGCAAAAGCAAACUUAAGAUUCACAUGAGGAUUCACACUGGAGAGAAACCAUUCACAUGCACUCAGUGUGGGAAGAGUUUCAGCCAAUCAUCAUCCCUUAAUAAACACAUGAGGAUCCACACUGGAGAGAAACCAUUCACAUGCACUCAGUGUGAAAAGAGCUUCAGCCAAUCAUCACACCUUAAUGAACACAUGAUGAUUCACACUGGAAAGAAACCAUUUACAUGCACUCAAUGUAGGAAGAAUUUUUAUUGCUCAUCACACCUUAAUAAACACAUGAGGAUCCACACUGGAGAGAAACCAUUCACUUGCACUCAGUGUGGUAAGAGUUUCAGCCGAUCAUCAUCCCUUAAUCUACACAUGAGGAUCCACACUGGAGAGAAACCCUUCACAUGCACUCGGUGUGGGAAGAGUUUUAACUGCUCAUCCUCCCUUAAUCUACACAUGAGGAUCCACACUGGAGAGAAACCCUUCACAUGCACUCGGUGUGGGAAGAGUUUUAACUGCUCAUCCUCCCUUAAUCUACACAUGAGGAUCCACACUGGAGAGAAACCCUUCACAUGCACUCGGUGUGGGAAGAGUUUUAACUGCUCAUCCUCCCUUAAUCGACACAUGAGGAUCCACACUGGAGAGAAACCAUUCACAUGCACUCAGUGUGGAAAAGGUUUUUUCAGCAAAUCAUCACUUUAUAGACACAAGAAGAUCCACACCGGUAAAAAAACAUUUACUUGCACUCAGUGUGGGAAGAGUUUUAACUGCUCAUCACACCUUAAUCAACACAUCAGGAUCCACACUGGAGAGAAACCAUUCAGAUGCACUCAGUGUGGGAAGAGUUUUAACUGCUCAUCACACCUUAAUGAACACAUGAUGAUCCACACUGGAGAGAAACCAUUCACGUGCACUCAGUGUGGGAAGAGUUUUAGCAAAUCAUCGUCGCUUUAUAGACACAUGAAGAUCCACACUGGAGAAAAACCAUUCACUUGCACUGAGUGUAGGAAGAGUUUCAGCCAAUCAUCAUCCCUUAAUGUACACAUGAGGAUCCACACUGGAGAGAAACCAUUCACAUGCACUGAGUGUGGGACCAGUUUCAGUAAAUCAUCAUCGCUUUAUACACACAUGAAGAUCCACACCGGAGAAAAACCUUUCACUUGCACUGAGUGUGGGAAGAGUUUCAUCCAAUCAUCAUGCCUUAAUGUACACAUGAGGAUCCACACUGGAGAGAAACCUUUCACAUGCACUCAGUGUGGGAAGAGUUUCAUCCACUCAUCACACCUUAAUCAACACCUUAUGAUUCACACUGGAGAGAAACCAUUCAAAUGCACUCAUUGUGGGAAGAGUUUUAGAGUGACAGGAAACUUAACGGUGCACAUGAGAAUUCACACUGGGGAGAAGCCUUACACCUGUGAACAGUGUGGAAAGAGUUUUUGUAAAAAAGAAAACUUUAAAACCCACAUGAGAAUUCACACUGGAGAGAGGCCGUACACAUGCCAACAGUGUGGAAAAAGCUUCUAUCAUUCAGGAAACUUGAUAAUGCACAUGAGAAUUCACACUGAGGAGAGGCCUUACUCUUGCCUUCAGUGUGGAAAGAGUUUUAAGCAAAAUGGCAAUCUUGAAGUCCACAUGAGAACACACACUGGAGAGAAAAGAUUUACUUGCACACAGUGUGGGAAAAGUUUUGUUAAAAAACAAAACCUUGACAUCCACAUGAGGAUUCACACCGGAGAGAAACCUUACACAUGCACAGAGUGUGGUAAAAGUUUCACAUAUAAAAGCUCACUCAAUAACCACAUGAGAACUCACACCGGAGAGAACCCGUUUGCAUGUGCUCAGUGUGGAAAGAGCUUCUCAAGCAAAUCUAGCCUCAUGAACCACAUGAAUGGUCACACUGGAACCAUAGUGUUCACAUGUGAUCAGUGUGGAAUUAAACUCAAACGCAAAGACUACAUUAGGCGACACAUGAAGACCCACUCAAGAGAGGAUCAUUUUAGAUGCAAUGAGUGUGGAAAGGGCUUUACCCAUAAAAGAAGCCUCAGCGCUCACAUGAAGCUUCACAAUGAAGAGCAGAGUCCUGAAAAAUGAGGCCUUGUCCACACAAACACGGGUAUAUUCA